AUGGGAUAUGACUCCGUUAUGAACUUUGAGGACGGAAGCCACUUGAAAAGCUCGUCGAGCUUUGAGAACAGCCUCAACAAGGAGAUCGAGACCUCCUGCAUCACGGACACGCUGGUGCGCUGCGGCUGCGAGGUGGUCACCGCCAGCGUGAUGCCCGGCGGCCUGCAGGUGACGAUGUCCCGCGGCCUGCAGGUGGUGGCGAACUGCGCCAUCGAGGAUUGCAAGGGACAAGACUGGGAUGCGAUCGCCCUGCCGGGAGGCAUGCCAGGGGCGGAGCACUUGAGGGACAGCGCAGUGCUGGUGGAGCUGCUCAAGGAGCAGGCGAGCAAGGGCAAGAUCUCGGCCGCUGUGUGCGCGUCGCCGGCCGUGGUUUUUGGGACCCAUGGCCUGUUGCCAGAGAAAGCUACGUGCUACCCGAACCCCAAGUUCAAGGAGAUUGUGGGAGAGAAGUGGCAGGAUGCGCGGGCGGUCAUGGAUGGCCAGGUGGUGACGAGCCAGGGCCCGGGCACCAGCAUCCACUUUGCGCUGAAGAUUGCGGAGCCGCUGUGCGGCAAGGACAAGGUCCUCGAGGUGGCCCAGGCGAUGCUGGUGGACUACGCUUGA